AUGCAGGUGCUUAGAAAAAGCCUUCAAAGGGGGGUUGUGCUUUCAGCGGGGUCCUUUUUGGUUUAUGAAGCUCAGAAGCUGAUUUCUGGCUUUGCUGAGGUUCAUGCGAGCUUCAAAGUGGAAGAAGUUAUAGAGCAAGCAGACUACCUGUAUGGGAGUGGAGAAACUGAAAAGCUCUAUCGGUUGCUGGUUCAGCAUAAAAAUAGUGAUGACGCAGAGUUGUUAUGGCGGCUGGCACGGGCAUCGCGAGAUCUAGCUCAGCUUAGUAGUACUUCUGCAGAGGAGAAAAAACAACUGGCGUAUGAAGCCCUUGAGUAUGCAAAAAAGGCACUGGAAAAAAAUGAAUCAAAUUUUGCAGCACACAAGUGGUAUGGAAUUUGCCUCAGCGAUGUUGGAGAUUUUGAAGGAAUCAAGACUAAAAUUGGAAAUGCCUUUGUUAUCAAAGAGCACUUCCAGAGAGCCGUUGAACUGAAUCCAAAAGAUGCUACAACAAUUCAUCUUAUAGGCAUUUGGUGUUACUCCUUUGCUGAAAUGCCAUGGUACCAAAGAAAAAUAGCUGCAACACUAUUUGCCACACCACCAACCUCCACAUUUCAAGAGGCUCUUCAUUACUUCCACAUGGCAGAGGAAGCCGACCCAAAUUUCUACAGCAAAAAUUUGCUCUUUUUGGGGAAGACAUACUUGAAGUUAAACAAUAAAAAGAUGGCGCUUCUGUGGUUAAGCAAAGCAAAGGAGUAUCCUGCACAUACAGAAGAGGACAAACAGGUACAGAAAGAAGCUUUGGAGUUGCUAAAUUCUAUAUAACAAGAAACAAGAUAAUGGGAAUUGAGCAGCAUAGGAAAAAGACCCCACAUACUACUUUGGUGUAUGGAAGCUGUUAAUAAAAGGAAAGACUAAACCUGCAAUCUCCAUCUCCUUUCAAUUAAACUAUCAACUAGAAGAUCUGUU